AGGAGUGUGUGAUGAGCGUGUGGGGGCUCGGCUGCCCCAAGGACUGGGGGAAAGAUGGGGCGCCCCCCCACGCGCCUGGAGCUCCUGGGUGUCUGGGCGUGAGUCUGGGAGAGGGAAGAGAGUCUGUAUAGCGACAGCUUCCGAGGCUGCAUUUCUCCCCUGCAGUGAACGCUUGUGUGGAGGCACACCGGAGAGAGAUGACGUUGCAUUGAUUUGGGAGUGUGUGAGUGAGACUGAGCAGAGCUUGGAUAGUCUGGAGGUUUCAGCUAAGGACAGAAAAUUCUAAGAGUCAUGAAGGUGAACAUUUUGGAACUGGAAAUAUUUUCUACCAGAUGGGGAGAGGGCAACUUAGCCUGAACUGAUGUAGCACGGAGCCUAAUAUCCAGCUCAGCUUCUGACAUGAAGAAAGAUAUAGAGACCUUAAUAGCAGAGGAAAGAGCAGAGAUCAUCGCCAAGUAUGAAAAGGGAAGGCAGGAAGGAGCUCAUAUUGACCCAUGGGAAGAUGCUGACUUCACCCUGUAUAAAGUCACAGACAGAUUUGGAUUUCUGCAUGAGCAUGAACUGCCAUCCCGCAGUGCAGUGGAAGAGAAGCAAAAGCUGCAGGAGAUUGAACGAGUGGACAAAUGGCUGAAGAUGCUGAAGAAAUGGGGCAAAUACAGAAAUAGUGACAAGAUGUUCCGCAGGGUUUACAAAGGGAUCCCCCUGCAGGUGCGAGGCCAGGUCUGGUCACUCCUGCUAGAUAUCGAGAAGAUAAAGACUGAGAAUGAAGGAAAGUAUGAGAAAAUGAAAGAACAAGCCAAGAGCUUCUCAUCAGAAAUCAAGCAGAUAGACUUAGAUGUCAACCGCACCUUUCGAAACCACAUCAUGUUCCGGGAUCGCUAUGGAGUUAAGCAGCAAGCGUUGUUCCAUGUCCUUUCAGCAUACUCUGUUUACAACACGGAAGUGAGCUACUGCCAAGGGAUGAGUCAGAUUGCUGCCAUCCUGCUGAUGUAUUUAAAUGAAGAGGAUGCCUUUUGGGCACUGGCACAACUACUGACCAAUCAGAGACAUGCAAUGCAUGGGUUUUUCAUUCCCGGGUUCCCAAAGCUGCAGAGAUUUCAGGCCCAUCAUGAGCAGAUUUUAAGCAAACUAUUUCCGAAGCUGAAGAAGCACAUGGACAAGGAGCAGAUGACAACGGGGAUUUACACAACCAAGUGGUUCCUGCAGUGCUUCAUUGACCGGACUCCCUUCACGCUCACCUUGCGGUUGUGGGAUAUCUACAUCCUGGAAGGAGAACGGGUUCUGACAGCUAUGGCGUACACCAUCCUGAAGCUGCACAAAAAACGCUUACUGAAGAUGUCCCUGGAGGACUUACGGGAAUUCCUGCAGGAGAGAAUUUCUGCUUCUCUGCAUUAUGAAGAUGAUAUUAUUAUUGAACAAUUGCAAACGUCCAUGACUGAAUUGCGCAAAAUGAAAUUUGACCUUCCGCCCCCAGCAAAACCUGAAGAAUUCCCUAAGAAACCAUUGGGGCUGGAGCUUUCUCUAAAUCUCGUGGCACUGAAACCCAGCAUUGCAGCGAAUGGCCAGAAUAAGGCUGCCACUGACCUCGACCCUGACCGAGCUACAAAGCUGUCCCCUCCAAACAACAGCCCUGCUCAUCUGAAUGAAACUAUUGGUAACGCAAACAUGGCAAUAAACGAGAGGCUCCCUCCUCUGCCGCAGGAUGGGCCUCCCUCGCCGGCAGCAGCAACAGAUGUGCAUCAGCAUCCAUUUAAGGGCCACAAGCAAUGCCAAGAGGAAAACCAGCAUGGAGAAGAAAAUCAUGUGGAGUCACCAAAGAAAGUUGCUGGUGAAACCCCAUCACAGGAGCUGUCUCCUCCAGAGGAGAAUGAGGUUCAGGCCCUCCCGGAGAGCCAGGAUGCACCACCAGUGAGCAGGGAGGCUGUCUCACAAGAGAGUCUUCAGACUCUCAGUGCAGGAAGUGGUAAAGAGGAACUGCAGGAACAGAGCCCCUCCCCUGCUGUAGGCAACACAAACCAGGCCAUUCUCCACACAGCUCAGCUGCAGGCACCUCAGCAAGCACAACCCGAAGCGUCAGCCAUGGACAACUCUGCAGGGGACAUUGCCACCCAGAGCCACAAUCCCCAAGUAGACCUGCCUGUCAAUCACAAUAAUAUAUUAGCAGGUCAGGAGUUGCCAAACCAAACACCGUCUCUUCCUUCCCUUGCCGAACAAAGACCCUCAGACGCUUCUGUGCAAAACGUCUCGAGUCCUGAAGACACGAGUGCUACCAACUUCCCAGUGGAUUUACUGACAGGGCUGCCUCCAGAGCAGCAGCACCAGCCUCCCGGUACAGACUCACACUCAGCACCAGAACAAAACCUUGCUUCUCCUUGCGACUUGUCAGAGAAAGUACAAGUGCCUGUCUUGUGGGUGGAGAAAGCCCUUGAUACUCUCUCUCUCCCUCUGCAGGAUGGUAGACGGCCUUCUAACGUAUCUCAGUAUGACAACAUAUCCGAGUUGGAGUACAGUGAGGAUAACUCUUCUGGGCAGGUGCCCAGUAUCGAGAAACUUAGCGGUGCAGUGCCACAGAACAAACCAGAUUUAAAAUCCUCGGUACCCAAGUCUGCAUCUGUGGGUGAGAUUGCAGAUCUGGGGAUGCACUCAGAAGGGAGCAUAGACUCAGCACAGCAGACAGUAGGACUGGGCCACCCAGCCUUCAACUCGCUUCCUUGUCAGAGACUGUCUGGUGGCAGCGGCAGUGUGCCAGUCUUAUCUAUGCUUGACUCUGGGGCAGUUCAGCUGGCAGAGGGUCUGCACGACCGACACCUGUCGUCCCCGGCUUUACAGGGGCAGUCCACCCCCUAUAAAAUAGUUAAAACCACCACCCCACUUCACGUGGCUCAUGCUACCGAGCAGGACUUCUUGAACCAAAAAAAAAUGGCAUUGCCUUUGCAAGAGGGCAGUCGUCAUGUAGGUGCAGCCUUGACGGCAGCUGACGUAGGGGCAGAACUUGAGGUUGUGGCUGCCAACCAGUGUGCGCAGAAGUCAUUAAAUGCAUUGAGAGAGCCACGUCCCUGUCUACCCCCAAAGCCAAAAAUACCAUCCAAGGUUGCCAAAGCCCAUUCAGAGAACAGUUUCUAUCCAGGCUGCCCUUCCACAAUGCAAAUGUCCAAGUCAGUGACAUUUUAGCAGGGGUAGGGGCGAGGGGAAACAAAUAAUAUAAUUACAUUGCCUGUCUAUUCAUGAGACAUCCUUAUAAAGGUUUGCAACUAAAAGACAACACAGCCCAGGGUAGAGAUGACGGGAAAUGAUCCUGUGCUGAGCUGUGUUUGGUACGAAUGCUUGGGGAGGCAUGCAGGAGUUGGUACUGUGGCCAAUAGACAAUGUAUUGGUGCCGGAGGUGGUUAAAAAGUCUGUGGGGUUUUUUUUCCGUGGACAAAUCACAAAGUGCUUUCACCCCUGCUCACGUGCAGAGAAGAGGCAAAGCUGGUUAACGUGCUAAAUAUUUUGACUCUUUUUCUCCCAUCAUUUUUAUAAACACAAGAGCUUGGUCUCAUAAACCAGAGUUUAGUUUCUGUUAAGGUGGGAAUAGAUAUGAUGCAGAGGGUUUUGAGCCGUUCUUACAAACAGAUAGAGAAGCUUUGGGGAGACAGAGGGGCCUUCUUUACAAAUGAGCACUUGGUCCAUGUGGCCAGUAGCAUUUUUCCAAUGGCCUUUGCAGCAAUAGAUAUUUCCGAAGUCCUAAUAGCCAGCAGUCCUUCAAACAAGGCUAUUGAGUAUUCUUACCAGGAAAGCCAGCCUUCCAUAAAGUCUAUGCAACAUCCAGCUUUAUUCCAGAAAUCCCGGUGAGCACAGCUCACGUCCCGGGGGAAAGACUGUGCAUCUUUUCACCUUGAGUGCAAUGGGGCAGUGUCGUAUGCCCAUUCUUAGUUCUCUAGCUCUUUUCCAUUUGCAGUGGGAGGUUUCCUGAAGGGAAGCUGAAUGUUGUGUGCCGAAGCGUUCUGUUCUCGGUGGGGUUUGUUCUGGGCUGUAGCUAGGAUUUAUCAGAAAGCAAAGUUAACUUCUGAUGCAAGCAGAAGGCAAGGUGGGAAAGGUGCGUGUGCCAUGCUUCUCCACCAGCCUCCAGAAGGUUUGUGCUGAUCCACUAAAUGUUUGUUUGGAUUCCUUGAGUUCUUCAUGUGACAAGGAUGGAAGGUCGAAGCAGAGCUACAAUCAGUUUUCCAACCUGCCUAUCUGAUCUUGUCCUUUUCUCCGUGAAGCCAGGACAGUGAGCAGGCUCACUGCCUUAGGACUGACUGAAAGGAAAAGGAGGCCACUGCCUUGGUAAAUGACCAAUCAGUGUGUAGCGAUGCUAAUAAACACAGGAUGUAUUCUUAUUUGAGCAAUGGAGGCAGUGCCCUGGCUGGUCUUUUGCUUUAGCUAGCAAGCCAUGAGAGCGUAAUAGGAUUUGAUCGCUUCUCAUCAAAAUUUCAAAAUCUACACUGGUCCCUGCUUUGAGCAAUUGAAGUGUCAGUGUGGAAACCACAUGGGAGUUAGAAAGGAAGGUGGGCAGAGUUCUGAAAACCUUGGCUCAGCUCCUCCUUGAAAUAGUCUGGCUGUAAAUCAACAGACUAAGAUGCUGCCAAGAGAGAGAAUCGUGGCACAAAGAUUUCGAAGAAGUCGUCUUUCCUGUAAAGCUUAAAGCCUGUGGUCCAGAAAUGCAAAUGUUUUGCCCUUAGAGAAUGAAGAUUUCUUUAAAAGCAAGCUGACCGCUAAUGGGGAAAGAUUCUGUAAUUGUGGGAAAAUGCCAGUCCUGUUUUCUAGUUCAGGAGCCUGAAUUACUGUAAGUACAGCAUAUAGAGCUCUAGGCAUGGUUAUUACAUCCAUGCUUUGUAAUGGGGAACCUGAUUCCACUUGAUUCUGUAGAAUUAACUAUAUGUGAUGCCUCCUUCAACAGCUGAGGAUGCUUUGAGAUCAUACUUGAAACAGGCCUAUAUAUACAUGUGUCCCCUGCACAAUGGCAAAAGGCUCCCUUAGGGAGUAGAAGUAUACUAAAAGCCUGGUCCAAAGCCCAAUGAAGUCAAUGGAAAGACUCCCAUUGACUUUCGUGGGCUUUGGACCAGCUCCUAAACAUGUAUCCUAGGCCUGGUCUACCCUGGGGGGCGGGGGGAAUCGACCUAAGAUACACAACUUCAGCUACGAGAAUAGCGUAGCUGAAGUCGAUGUAUCUUGGGUUGACUGCCGCCACUCUUCCAUCAACUCUACUUCCGCCUCCUACUGCGGUGGAGUACAGGAGUCGACAGCAGAGCGAUCGGGGAUCGAUUUAUCACGUCUACACUAGACAUGAUAAAUCGAUCCCCGAUGGAUGGAUUGCUAUCCGCUGUGCCCCUAGAGAUUAAAGCCAUAAAGGACAUUCAGAUCAUCUAGUCUGACCUAUCGUGAUCAUUUCGCCCCUGAGCAUGUGAGCAAGAACCAGCCAGCCAAGCAGAUGAGAGAGAGAGAGAGAGAGAGAAUGCUCGGUGCCAUCUCAGAGCCCUGGCCCACCCUGUCCAGUGUCUCACCUCCAGCCAUGGCCAAUGCUUUAGGGGAAGGAGACCCAGAAUACAUUGGGGGGGGAUUCCUUCCUGACCCCCUACAGGUGACCAGCUGUGUGUGGCGGUUCGAUGUCGAUGUAGCUGUCAGCUCUCUAAGGGAGCUCCCCAUUUCUCUCAAGAGAUGUUCUGAGCACAGCUCUGGCAGCUC